AUGGCAUAAUUUCAAAGACCUCAAACUCACAGAAUUGUUGACUUAUUGACUUUUAUCUAAUUAAAAGAAGAUUUGUUUAAAAUAAGGGAAUUCGCAACACAGAGUUUAGGCUUUAAUAAAGUUUAGUUUGGCAACUAAUACUUUAAACUUAAAACAGGAACUGAUAAAACCUAAGAUGAUUAAAAUCUGGAAACUCUUCAUCAUCUUUUGAAGAAAACAAAAGGAUUAAUUUUAAAUAGAUUGUAUAAGACAUAUGAAGUGUUAGAGUAUUUAUGCGAAAAUUUUGAGAAGUAUCAAAAUAUCUAAUCAAUGACAAUUGAUUUCAAUAAGGAAUUCAUAAAACUUAUUGUAUAAGUCACAAAGCUUCAUGAAUUGCAAGAGUUAAACUUGAUUUAAGCAUUCUUUGAUGAGGAUAUUAAAAUGUUUGAACAAACAUCUGCUUAGAAUCUGGAGGAAAUUGAAGACUUAGAUAUUGGAUUAUCAAGCACUUAAAAUGAAUUAGGAGAAAAUUUGGAAUUAUUUAAAUAAUUCUCAAAACUUAAGAAACUAAGAAUAUCUUUUGGGAAGACAGAUCUAAGUAUUUUCGAGUAUCUCCCAAACAUUGAAGUACUUGAGUCUAAUGGAGAUCUUUUAGCUUCAUCGUAAUUGAGUGUAAAAUAUUUUGAAAACCUCAAAAAACUUUCAAUCAUAAACAUUGAGAAAGAAAUGAUUUUCGAUAUAUUACAGGAACUAUCUUCCUGUUUGAAAUUGAAGGAAUUGGAAAUCAAUUAUCCUAUUAAAGAUGAUUAUAAACCUCUCUAACUUUUCUUCUAAAGAAACAAGAGUGUAGAAGUUUUAAUGAUAAAAAAGAUCAAAGUUUUUGAUAGAUUCGAAUUUAUGAUUGGGCUAGCUGAAAAUAACACAUUAAAGCAUUUAUUCUUUGAGUUACUAAGAACAGAUAUUAAAAGUUUAGAUAAAGAUACAUUUUUCGCUGGUAAUUAAAAUAUGACACUGGAGACUUUAUCAAUAAAAGCAAGUAUUAAGGCGAAAUCUAAAUACUUUGUCCACAGCAAUUAUAUGGCUGAACUUAUUGGCAUGCUAAAAAAUCUAACUAACUUUGAGAUAUAUAAUUUUAGUCUCUUAGGUGAUUAAUUCUCAAAUAUUAUAGAUAGUAUUACCAAUACUAUAAAUCUCCAAUCAUUAAGCAUGCAGUAAUGUACUUUUGAGACUAAUGAUUUACUCUGCCAAUUGCUAAUAGCUCUUACUGAAAAACAGGUUAAUUUAAAAGUUCUUAAGCUUAACUAAAGUCAGUUGAAUGUAAGAACGAUGGAAGUAGGAGUGAUUAAAUUCUUAUCUGAAAAUAAAAGCAUUUAGAGAUUAGAUUUAUAGUUUUGUGAAAUUGAUUUCACUGCAGGUCUUUCUUUGAUUUUAGAGGCUUGUGGUAAACAUCCUGUUCUCUAGUAUCUUGACAUAACUCAUAGUAAAUUGUGGUACUUGAGAAACGAUAUCAAGUUAAAGCAGAUGGUUGAAUGUGUCAUUAAGAACUGUUAGAAUCUCCAAUAUCUAUUCAUGUAAGACUCAAAUACUGUCAGAUAAAUUGGAAUAGAAGACAUGCUUAAAGAAUAGGUUAAAAUCAUUUAUGAUAACUGCCCUAAAAUGAUGGAACUUAAAAUCUGA